GCUAAAACACACAUAAAUGUCAGUGGUGAGCUGUUUGUUUGGGCUUGGCAUGGUGAGAUGGUGUACGUUCAUUUGCGCGGUGUAAAGCAAACAAUACGCACAGGACGACCCGUAGGACGCUGCCGGACCGGAAAACCAUCCGUAACCGCGAUGAGCAGCGGUUAGGAACGGAGUUCGGUGUCACCGAGUUUUCCUAGAUCCUGCCAGGGGUUGCAUAUUGUGAGUGUGAGAGAAAACAACGCGAAGAAGAAGGGGUGGGGGAAAAACCACCCACACACACACCCCUAUACCGUAGCGUGUGGAAACGAAUUACAAAAGCAUCCGAACCUUGUGUGAGCAAUCAUCCCCCUCAUCUCAUUUCAACCAUCCACCACCCGCCAAACCCCUUUUCUGCAUUCGUUCGUAAAAAACGGGGUCCCUGCUAUCAAACUGGGAGGCGAACCCAAAAUCAAUCCACCAACACCGCACAAACCCAUUCCGCGCGAACUUCUGUAUUGGCUGUCUAUGCAACAACAACAACAACAACAACUCCUUACGCACACAGAGCUUCAGUUGAUGACACAACGCUAGAGAGUUUUACCCUGCCCGCGCACAAUGAGUAACGUACGGUGCAACGAGCCGUCACCGACGGCGACCACAUCCCUCGCUACCAAGGACACGGAUGCCGACACCGGGCCUUCGAUUGCGCCGGUCCAGCAACAGCCAUCGAUGCAAUCGAGCAAUAAUAAAGGUACGCCCUGCCGGAUCAACGGCGUGAAGGGGUACCAGAAUCGUACCAAUAGUAUUAUCUACUGUCCGCCAUUGUUGCGUGGCAACACGCCGAAAGAUAAGUGCAGUGCCAUCGUUUACUUCGGCGGUGAUGUACAGGACAUCCCGGAAAAGAUGGAAUCGAACCGGGAUAAUAAGAACUACAUCAAAUGGAACCUGGACAAUACGGCGCUGCUGUUGCGAGAAUCGUUCCCCCAGUCGCACAUCGUGGUCGUGCGCCCGAUGCGGAUGGAAUACAGCACGUUCAGCUGCUUCGACAACUUUGUGCGGGGCAAUAAUGCCGGCAUACCGGACCACACGCCCAUGCACUACUCGCUGCAACAUCUGGAAGAGCUGCUGAUAAAUCUUACGAAAAAGCUAACGAAACCUAUCCUGGAUCAGGACUUCCUGCAUAAGCUGCUGAGCGCUUCCAGUACCAAGGGUUACGGUAGUGACGUACCGUGCAAACAGAACAAUGUCGAUAUUUUGCAGAGCAAUAUCUAUGAUGGAUCCAGCAACGACGCGACCGAACCCGAUCUGGCCGAGCUGUUGUGGUGGCGUGAAAAUUUGAACCUCGACAAGGCUAGCCUGAAGCUGAUCGGGUUCAGCAAAGGGUGUGUGGUGCUGAACCAGUUCAUCUACGAGUUUCACUACUACAAAACGCUCACGCCGGACGACAGCACUAUGAUGCGGCUGGUGUCGCGCAUCACCGACAUGUACUGGCUGGACGGUGGGCAUGGCGGCGGUAAAAACACCUGGAUCACCUCGCGCAGCCUGCUGGAAACGCUCUGCCGGCUAUGCAUCAAUGUGCACGUGUACGUAACACCAUAUCAGAUCCAGGACGACCACCGUCCGUGGAUACGGAAGGAGGAGAAAGCGUUCACCGAUCUGCUGAAGCGGCUCGGUGGUGCGUUCGAUCGUCACCUAUACCCGAGCGAAGCAAACUCCACCAACCUGUACACGCACUUCGACCUGCUGAACCGAUUUCGGCAGCAUCAUAUCAGCCUGUUCUCGCAGCAGCUGCACCAGACGGUGCAGCAGCAGGUUCCGCUCGUCCAGCAGCAGCACAACACCACCGGCACCGGUAACUAUCCGCGACCACCGCCGGACGGUAACGAUGAGCCGGGCAGUGAUACGGGCGGCCAGGACGAGUAUACCACGGUCGGUGGUGAAACCACCCUCGUCAAGGUUGAGCCGCUCGACGGCGAAGGUAUGGGUGGUGAGGUCGAAGACGAGGAUGCACCGAUGCCGGCAGUCACGGCUAUGGAGACGGGCGACGAGCAGGGUGAUAGCGACAUGCACGACAACUGACAAUCGGAACGCGAUUGUAUGAACUUCAUUUCCGUAUUCAUUUAGAGAAGACUAAGUUCCCUCCGCACUGUAAGCACACACACACGGUAACACUCGCACAUCCACUACUGGUUUGCCAUGUUAGAUUUUACCGGUGCAUUCCCCCAACCGCUGCAUUGUAUUGUGUACACGUAAUCUUGU